CAGAUUAUCCAUUUAAAAACAGAUUUCAAAGAUAAGGUGUUACACCCAUCAUCACAUAUUAUUUUCUCCAAUCAUAACAAAAAGGGCCAAAAACACAAGUAACACAACCAAAAAAUGGCUCAAUCUGUGGCAUCAAUGUCCGGCCUACGUGGUUCCUCUCUAGCUGUUUUGGAAGGUAGCCUCCAGCUCAAUGGCUCGGCCCGUUUGUCCCCAGUGGGCAAUGGCCGAGUCGGUGUUACCCGGACCGGGCUUGUUGUUAGAGCAUCACACGGACAGGUUGAAAGCGAGACUAGCCGAAGAGCUGUGUUGGGACUUAUUGCCACUGGGCUAGCCUCGGGUUCUUUUGUUCAGGCUGUGCUUGCCGAUGCUAAACCGAUCAAGCUCGGCCCACCUCCGCCACCAUCCGGUGGACUGCCCGGAACUCUAAACUCUGAUCAGGCAAGGGACCUCGAUUUGCCAUUGAAGAACCGCUUCUACCUCCAACCAUUGCCACCAGCAGAGGCAGCGGCGCGUGCAAAGGAAUCAGCAAAAGAAAUACUAAACGUUAAAGAGUUCAUUGACAAAAAGGCAUGGCCUUAUGUCCAAAAUGAUCUCCGUUUGAGGUCGGAGUACCUCCGUUUUGACCUCAACACGGUGAUUGCAUCGAAGCCGAAGGACGAAAAGAAACAACUUAAAGAUUUAACCGGGAAGCUUUUCCAAAACAUGGCUGAUUUGGACUAUGCAGCAAAGAUCAAAAGCUCGGAGGAUGCCGAAAAGAGUUAUGCUGCGGCUGUAUCUUCUCUUAACGAUGUUCUUGCAAAGCUUGGUUAAACUAAUGUUUGUUUGUUAAUGUGAUGAAUAUAUGUUGUUAUUUCAUGAGUUGAGAAAAGAACUUUGUUGGAGUUUAUAUUAAUUGAAUUCAAAC